GAGUUUCAGUUUGUGUUUGUCUUCCGACGUCAAGAUUCUAUUGUUAACUACGUCCGAUUCAGGAACCCCUCAUUCGAUGAUGGCAGCUCAAAGUGUACUCGUUACAGGUGCUAGUGGAUACAUUGGUUCUCAUUGUAUUGUAACGUUGUUGGAAGCUGGUUAUGAAGUUGUAGCUUUGGAUAAUUUUACAAAUUCCGUCCAUGGCAUGAAAAAUGAAUCAAUAGCAUUAGAACGUGUUGAAGAAAUCACAGGAAAAAAAAUUUCAUUUUACAAAUGCGAUUUAUUGGAUGUCGAACGAUUAAGUGAAAUUUUCAUCAAUCAUAAAAUCACAUCAGUAAUUCAUUUUGCUGCUAUGAAAGCUGUUGGGGAAUCCAUGCAGUUUCCACUUUUAUAUUAUAAAAACAAUUUGAUUGGAAUGAUUAAUUUGUUGGAGCUGAUGAAAGCACAUGAAAUAUUCAAUUUGGUGUUCAGCAGUUCGUGUACGGUAUAUGGUGAACCUGAAAAGCUGCCGAUAACAGAGGAAAAUGAAACAGGAAAGAAUGUCACCAAUGUCUAUGGCAGAACAAAAUAUUUUGUGGAAGAAAUGUUGAGAGAUUUGUCAACAGCUGAUGAAAGAUGGAAUAUCAUUGCGUUAAGAUAUUUUAACCCUGUUGGUGCCCACCGUUCGGGUCGGAUUGGCGAAGACCCAACUAAACCUUUCACAAAUUUGAUGCCAUUUAUAAGUCAGGUCGCAAUCGGAAAGAAAGACGUUUUAACAAUAUUCGGUGAUGAUUAUAGCACACCAGAUGGGACCGGCAUUCGUGAUUACAUUCAUGUGAUGGACUUAGCUACGGGUCAUGUCGCCGCUAUGAAGAAACUUGAAAAAGGCAAAUUGGGAAUUAAAUUCUAUAAUUUGGGAACUGGGGCUGGUGUGAGUGUGAUGUCUCUGAUAAAAACAUUUGAAGCAGUUAAUAAUGUCAAAGUUCCCUUCGUCAUUCAACCUCGACGUCAAGGUGACAUUUCUACAAUGUUUGCAGACCCAAAGCUCGCUGAAUCUGAACUUGGUUGGAAAGCUGUUUAUACUCUUGAGGAAAUGUGUUCCGAUUUCUGGCGAUGGCAGACAAUGAAUCCCAAUGGUUACAAAACGGAAUCACACACAAACGGUCAUUAA